ACUACUACUACUACUACUACUACUACUAUUAAUAAUAAUAAUAAUAAAAAUAAUAAUAAUACUGUUUUUUUUUUUUUUUUGCUGUUGUUGCUGCUGCUAUUAUUACCAUUGCCAUCUUUUCAACCUUCCUUCUGUCACCACCGCACCUACUACUACUACUACUACUACUACUACUACUACUACUACUACUACUACUACUACUACUACUACUACUACUACUACUUCAAACCAACCCAAAUCCAACUUCUUUCACUUCCACUACAGCUAUAAUUGCCGCCACUAUACCACCUUUUUCAGCUUCCCCAACCUUGCUUCCCUCCCAAGCCCCCUCCCCCUCUCCCUCUCCUCCUCCCCAAUCAGUCACACAAGUGUUAGACCGCCCCUGGUGCACCCCGCCAGUACAGCCGCUACACCCAGACUUUCCUCAGUUUCUCAGGCAUCUUUUGCGGGAGUUGCGGGCAGACAGGAAAUUAAGAGUUGCUUGAAUAUUUUCCCACGUGCGUCGUGUGUUGAGAAGUUGUGUUUCCCGGCUUUUCUCGCGCCUUAGCACGCUUGCAGAGUGGAGCGCUGCUUUUUAAGAGACGUGAUAAAUGUGUUUACGGAAUGAGGCACGAAACAUUAGUGAUGUGUGUUUGUCGGGUCUUGAUGCACCACGGCCUUCAGGAAGCGUGUAUUGAUGUGCUGUAUUGUUCACCAUAGCUCCUGCUUGUCGCAAGACGUCACGUCACACGCACCCUUUGUAGCGUCGUGGUGUUUUGUGGCCGCGGCGCUUGUGCAAAGUCUGCUACAUCACUGCACAACUACUUUCCUGGAAGAGUGUUAGUGUGGUGCACUUUUCACUACGAUUUCUGCUUCCUGCACAGCGCUACAUCUCACUUGUAGUCGGCGUUCUAGUACCUUUUGUUGCUGUACCAAACCUGCUACAACUCAGGCUGCUGGAAGAGUGUCUGUCUGCACGGCGCACGCAAGUCUGCUUGCUGCACAGCGAUACAGCCUUCACAACACAACACUUGCAGCUCUCACACCGCAACGCCUCCUAUCAAGCUCACCAAUCCCAGCACAACACUCCCCAGCUGGCUAUUAUAACACCACACAUUCGCAGCGCAGCGCGUGUGGGCCUCAUCUCGUAAUCAUAUUGUUUUCAUCUGAUCGGCGUCGCUUGAUCAGCUGUUGGGGGAGUGACUGACGAGGCAGCCGCCCACAUGACCACACACUGCCUGUACGUGGAUGGCCCCUCUCAUCAACGCAACCAACCUCCCUCGUGGAUUAGCAGCUAAAUAAAGGAAGGAACAAGCACUACACCCCUCGCAGCAACUAAGAAGGCGUUUCAUCUUAAUCUCUGCUACGUGUUUCCCGCCUCCCGUCAAAAUGUACCGCUCAAGUGUGACUCUCGCCUCCUCGGGCUACCUCAAAGAGUUCAGGCGCAAGAUAAGCAAGGGGGAUGCCAAGCAGGAGAUGACGCCACUAGCAUCCCACGAGGAGGUUGCUGGGACCACUCCAGAUUACGGCGGCACAGCUGAGACGCCGAACUCUGGGGAUGCGGGUACUGAUGCUAACGCCGCCUCUGAGCCCGUGGUGGAGAAGCAAGAGGAGACAGAGGCUGAGGCAACAGAUGUUCCAGAUGCGAAGGCUAACGGAAGGAACAGACCGCUUCGGCCAACGCUCAAGAUUCUAGCCAGCGCGCAGAGUCCCACCCUUGCCUCACCAGACUCUGAUAGCGAUGUGUUGGGCUUCCUUGAUUACACUCCAGAGGCCCUUAGUGACGCUUGCGAUGGCCGUGGUUCCAAUGCCUACUCCACAGUGUACCAAGCCACCAAGUACACAGAGCUUAUGCCUGGUGCCUUCAUACCAAGCCUUCCCAUCCACCUUAGAAUUGCCAGGGUGCAACCAGUCCACUCCCACAUCCAUAUCUUCAACAACCAUGUCCUGGUCAUUGAGUUGGAGCAUGGGGAUCACAGGUGGAGUGUGGAAAGGAAAGUGCGACAGGUGGCAACUCUUCAUAGUAAAUUAUUGCUCCUCAGGACAAGACUGAGGAUGCCGGCAGCAUCGCGCAUUACUCGGCAGAGGAGACAGAGCAUGAGACAGCAGAUCAAGGCAGCAGACCAGGAGGUAGAGGACACAGUGGACAGCAGCAUCACCACUAACACCAACACGGCCAAAACCGCAUCAACAGUCAACACCAACUCAGCUGCAUCACCAAACAACAAACGCCUGCUCAAGUUCCCUCGCCGUGCCCUUCAGACUAUGGAUGAGGCAAUGCGAGUGGAACUGGAAACCUACCUCAGGAACCUCCUCCACCACACUCUCUUCCGAAGCCAUAAAGACGUCCUGGAGUUCUUUGAGAUCUCCCCAGUGUCCUUCAUAGGGGAGCUGGGAAUGAAGCUCAGGGAAGGCUAUGUGAAGAAGAGAGUAGGUGGAAGUGGCCCCUGUGAAUGCUGCAGCUGGCUAACGGCAACUUGCACCGGGAAAUACAGGCAGCAGUGGUUGGUGCUGAAGGAGACUUACCUCUUCUUCGUGGUGCCAGAGACCGGGCUGGUGCGCUCAGUGAUGCUCAUGGACUCUGCCUUCCAGGUCUCCCAUAGCUACAGGCUCAUUGGUGCCCGGAACAGUCUCCUCAUCUCUAACCUAUCCCGAUCUCUGCUGAUUAAGUGUGACUCUGAGACUAGCAAGAAGGAGUGGCUGUCCAUCAUUACCAAGACAGAACGGAAAUAUGCCAAGGACUUCACCAGUCAAGACAAUCGAUAUGGAUCCUUUGCUCCUGUCCGGAAAAACUCCUAUGCCCGUUGGUACGUGGAUGGUGCGCGGUAUAUGUGGGACGUGGCUGAGCUGAUGGAGGGUGCACGGGAGGAGAUCUUCAUCACGGAUUGGUGGAUGAGCCCGCAGAUCUACUUGAAGCGACCCGACCUCACAGGACACAAGUGGAGAUUGGCAGAGGUGCUGAGACGGAAGGCUGAGAGUGGUGUGCGGGUCUUCAUUCUGCUGUACAAGGAGGUGGAGCUGGCCCUUGGCAUCAGCUCCCUCCUCACCAAGCAGACAGUGAACCAGCUGCACCCAAACAUCAAGGUGCUGCGCCACCCGGACCACAUAGCGGGAGGGACGCUGUACUGGGCUCAUCACGAGAAGGUGGUGGUGGUGGACCAGAUGUUUGCCUUUGUCUCAGGCAUAGAUCUUGCCUUUGGCCGCUGGGAUGACUACAGACACAAGCUGAUAGACACAGGCCAUGCAGGGGUACAAGUGAUGCACCCACCCUCCAGACCCUCCCAGCACAGUCCUGGCCAGAUGGGGAUGAACCGGGGAGCACUGCAGCACCUCCUUCGCGGAACCAAUGAUGUCCUGGUCAGCACUGUCACUGGCUCGGCUGCUGGCAGUCGCCGAGCCUCUCUUGGCACAACAGAGGACUCCAGUGCCGCCCCAGGCAGCCUCAAGAAUGUCAGUCCUUCUCCUAGUGAUUCAGAGGAUCCUGUCAGCACCUUAGAGGUUCCUGUUGGACCUACUGUUCCCUCAGAGGACUCCCAAGGGACUCUCAGAACCUUAAGGAGUGUCCGUGACUCCCUCUGUCUGGCCUCGGCUAACCCUGUAGAACCUUCUGCUGGCCCCCUCGCCUCCCCUGAGGAUUUCAGUGCAGAUGUUGAGUCUCAGGAUGAGCUGGAUGAGGUGCAGCAGCCGUCAUCCAUCACCAACGGCAGGAAGAUGAAGGGGAACAGAUCAAGAGGCAAAGCUGACAUGAACAGCAUCCACACAAGCACAAGCUUUCAGAACGGCAGUACACCUCACCCCUCACAGGAAGGCAAGGACACCAACACUACCUCCCUCCCUCCUGUCAAGAGAACCAGGUUUUUCUCCAAGAGUGGGAGGGAUCGUGCCAACACAGGCUCCAGCACAGAGGAGGAGAGGAAGGGAGGAGGUGGGAAGAGCUUUAGGGAAGUGAAGAGGAGAGGCAUGGAUUUGGUAGAGGAGAUGAAGGUGAAGGGACGGGAGAUGAAGAGGAAGCUGCACAGGAGAAAUAGUUUGGAUUCUGACAUGUCCUCAAGCUCCUCAGACAACGGGGAAAGGAUGGAUAACCCGAGGACCAGUAGCUUCUCACGUUUCCAUGGGCGUCGUCUGUGGGGCGGUGCUAAGGAGCGCAUGGGCAGCUGUUCCUCUCUGGCUCAGGCCCACAGUGUUGUUACCAUGGAAGACACCACAUCCACUCACCUCUGGGUUGGCAAGGACUAUGUCAACUGGAUCAGCAAAGACUUGGAUAAUUUAGAUGAGCCAUUUAAAGACAUCGUAGACCGGCACCAGACACCUCGGAUGCCCUGGCACGACAUUGGGCUGUUUGUGGAGGGAGCAGCAGCACGGGAUGUGGCCAGGCACUUCAUACAGCGGUGGAAUGCUGUCAAGACUGAGAAGGCCAAGCCCAACCACAGCUACCCAUAUCUGCUGCCUCGCACAUACAGCAAAGAGUCCUUCCUCUCCUCCAACCUUCGCCCUCGUCACCGUGUCAAGUGUCAGGUGGUACGGAGUGUGGGGAAGUGGAGUGCUGGGGUGGAUGAGGUAGAGGCCAGCAUCUUCUCAGCUUAUGUGGACCUGAUCCGCCGAGCAAAGCACUACAUCUACAUUGAAAACCAGUUCUUCAUCACUAGCAGCAAUGUGGACGAACAGAAGGAAGUGUCAAACUACAUUGGCUACGAGAUUGUGCAGCGGAUAGUGGAGGCUCAUAGGAAAGGUGAAGCGUUCCGUGUGUACAUCUUGAUGCCGCUGCUGCCGGCCUUUGAGGGCAUGAUUGGCAAGGCCAGUGGUGUGGCCAUGCAGUACAUUGUUUACUGGAAUUAUGUCAGCAUUUGCAAAGGCAAGUCAAGCGUCCUGCACUGUUUGAAGGAGCACGGGAUAACUGACUGGGAGCGUUACGUGUCCUUCUGUUCACUGCGCAACCAUGAGUGUCUCGGGGAACGGCCUGUCUCUGAGCUGGUCUAUAUUCACUCCAAGCUGAUGAUUGUUGAUGAUCGCUUUGUCAUCGCAGGCUCAGCUAACAUCAACGACCGCAGCCUCAGUGGUAUGCGUGACUCAGAGGUCUGCAUGGUGAUUGAGGACCAGGAGUUUGAGGAGGGAGUGAUGAAUGGUAAGCCGUACGAUUCAGGGAUCUUUGCUGGCAGUAUGCGUCGCUACCUCUUCAGUGAGCACCUGGGAGAGGCAGACCUGGACCACCCAACCAUGGAUGUGUCCGACCCAGUGUCUGAUGCGUUCUUCACCAACGUGUGGAAUUAUGUGGCCAAUAAAAAUACGUUGAUUUAUGAGGAGGUGUUUUCGUGUUACCCAUGCAACAGUGCCACCACCUUCAAUGAUCUGGAGCAACUGCGCACAACACCCACACUGGCUGAGGUGAACCCAGCCGACGCCAAGGCCAAGCUGAAGGAAGUACAGGGUCACCUGGUGCUGUUCCCUCUUGAGUUCCUGAAGGAUGAGAUGCUUAAGCCAGGUGUGGGUAACAAAGAGUACCUCUUGCCCAUGGAGACCUGGACCUGAGGGAACUACUGUUGUCUUAUGAAGCUUGGAAAGUAUUCUCUCCUUUACUGAAAGUGAGACUCAUUUAUAUCAGGUCCUAUAUCAUGAGCAAGCUGUCCCUUCCUCACCUUUGCUCUCUUGACAAGGGUAUUGUUGCUCUGAUUUGCUCCAUGGGUUAAUGUAGCUUCCUUGUGAGUGUUUCUUGAGAUGUUUUGGUUGUGAUGUCAUUCACCUCAAAACCAGUAAUCCCAGGUACAUAACCACACAUAACCCACAUACUUAUUGCUUGUGGUGCAUUGCCUGGCUGGUGCUGAUAAAGGGAUGAUAGAUGUGAGGUUUGAGUCUAAGAUACCUUGUAUUUAGUGAGAGUUACCACUAAUGUUUUGAGCUUCAGAGAUGUUCAGUAGUAAUGAUGUAGGGGUAAAGAGAGGGAUGUGAUAUGAGCUGCAGUGAGUGAUGGCAUAGAGUGAAUAUUUUUGUAUCAGGUUUAGCAGUACAGGGGAGGGAAGGAUGGGCUGUGUUUAUGAGUGAUGUACAGCCUGCCUCCUGUGUGAGCAUAUAUUGAGUGUAGAUAGCUUCUGUACUAGCCUGGUAUGUGUGUUUGGGUAUAAAUGUGUGUGUGUGUGUGUGUGUGGCCGCAGAUCAUUCAGUUGAGGUUCCUGGGUUGUGAGGUGGUGUCAGCGGGUCAAGGCAGAGUAAUGAGUGUGACAUCUCUUGUUGUUUCACAUAUCUUGUCAUCAACAGGGAAAUAUCAUGACAGUGUUUUAAUGACUUGUGUGUAGAUGGUUAUAUUUUUAUUUUUAUUUUAUGGUAUAUUAAAUAGCUUGGUGAAUUUUUAAGUCAAUGUUAUAGUUGUUAAGGAAAUCUGUUACAUAUAAUAUAGUCGUGUUAUGAUAUUUGACAUGCAGCAAAAUGAAGUACAGUCUUUUAUCUCUGCCGGUAAUGAUACAUAGGUUUACACUGUUACAUUCAAUCCUGCACUGCUGCAAUAUUAUAGAGGAUUCCAAAAGUACAUUUGAUUGCUGUUCUUCAGUUGUACAUUAUUAAUUGCAGCUUCUGUAAAUUAUGAGUUGAAAUGCUCAGUCCAGAUAAUUUGCUUUAAUAAGCCAAUCCUGUGGUUGAUGGUAUUGACAUAUAAGAAAUGUGAAUCCUAGUAUGUAUCUUAGUAUGGGAAGCUUUAUGAAGAGUCAGUGAAGUUACCAGCUGAGCUGUGAGUGUAAAGGCAUACAGUAGAUUGUUCAGUUGGCCUUGGGUCCUUCACCUGUGAGUAUCAAUGAGGAAGGAAGUGUGUGAGGUGUUGUGUGGAAUACUAUUAAUGUUAGAUAGGUGGUGGGUGGUGGGUGGGAGCUUGUUGGGCAUUGAUGAGUAUAGCACUUGUGUAAGGAUGCUGCUCUCUGGCUGUGAAGUGUGUGUGUGUGUGUGUGUGUGCAGUGUGAUUUUGAAUUAUGUUUGGUUGGAAAGCUGUUUUUAUGGUUGUGUAUGUGUGGGCAUGUUAACAUUCUGUGGUAGCUAUUGUAUCUUUUAAGGUGUGUCAGUGGAACACAUACAGGUUGAGGUAAUGAUCUGGUUUAAAUCACAGUUUAGUCAUGUUACAGUAAUAUACAUUUAUGCAACAAACAAAAUAAACAUUCAUGUUCUAAAUUUCCACAUUUCCAAAGUUUUAAUUACUAAAGACAUAAUUCAAAUUAAUCCAAUCUAAUAAUGUAGCUGCUGCUGCAAUAUUUUACAAUUGAAUAUCUUCUUCAUAUCUAUUAAAAUAUUAAUUUGCAAAUUUAUGUGUUUUCAUAAUGUAAAGGCAAGUCUUCCUGUCCCUUGACAUGUGUUAUGAACGAGUGCCUUGUCUCUUGUGCCUUGUGAUGGUAAACCUACGUAAAAAGAUAUUUCCUUUAUGUCUGUACAACAGGAGACCACUUCUCUCUAUUAGACUUUCACUAUAGCCAAACAUUAUCCUGCCCUUUGUUUGUGUCAAGGAGAAAGGGCAAAAGAUGGCCAUAUAUGUAUAUUGAUAUCAGAUUUGUUUUGUAUAUACAUAGUGAAAUAUUUCCCGAGGCAUUGGGACAUCAUAUUGUUGUUAGUAUAUUGUCUUUGUCUUAUUUUUGUGUUUCAUAUAGGCAACAUUAUCUAGUGAGAAUGAAGCGUGGCUGUCAGUGUCCUUUUACCCUCUCAUUGCAGUGUUUGAAGGGAAACAAUUAGUUUUGGGUCCAAUCAUCAGGAAAUACAACACUUACCUCAAAUUAUUUUCAAAGGAGAGUUUUCAUUUCAAACAAACUUUAAAGGAGAAUUUUAAUGUGUAUAAGUUAACACUCUUGGCCUGGUCUUGAUGAGCAUAAUUUUGUCACUUAACACUCUUGGCCUGGUCUUGAUGAGCAUCAUAUUGUCACUUUUUAUCAUCCCGGGGUUGUUUUUGUUGUGUUCUCAGUGUCUAUUUAAUAUGAAAGAAUUUUUAAGAUGCACAUGUGAGCUAUGUAUAUUAGUGUGUGUGUGUGUGAUUGGAGGUUGUGCACAUAAUGUAGGUAUGUUGCUGCCUAUAUUGUUAUGCUCUGUAUAAAACAUUUAGCUUUACUUUAUUUUCAAUGAUUUAACAGAGCAGUUGUGUAAGUCAAAAGUUAUUGGAUAAUAAUGGAUUUUAUAUAAUUCUGUUGAUAUAUGUAUUGAAUUUUAUUUACUGUUAUCAUCAUGCUAUGAAUUAAAAAAAAAUGUCUAUUCAUUCACAAAGUUAAUAGAACUUUAAAGCUUGUGUAGGUUGAUGGAGCAGUCAUGAUGUUGUACAAAGGUCAAGUAUAACUUGUUUCAGUGAAAUCAGCAGCUAGUUUAUUCCAUGCAUCCUUGAUGUCCAUGACUGUUCCAGCGUGACCAGCAGACCUGACUGAUUGCAUAACUAGCUUGGGACAGACUAUCCACUAAAGGCUCUGUAAGAAUAUUUUUGUGGCCAUAUUUUAAAGUGCAAGUAAACAAAAUAUUUUAUUUUAUAUGAAAGUGCAUAUUAUCUUGGCAGGUUAUCAGAUGGAAAUAAAUAACCAGAGGGUGGUAAA